AUGCCGAAAGAAACGCUUCAGAACUUUUUCGUCCUCGGUGACUUUUGGCUUUCUAGGUAUAUCCUUGAGGAGAUUCACACUGGCUUCACAGGUAAAGGAUCCAGCGCCAUGGUUAAGAUAAUGGUGGUACGCCUAAAGCUCGGUGCCUAG